AUGCAGCCACUCCUGUUUUUGCUAGUGUUUCUUCUGCCUCCUGAAGCUGGGACAGAGAACAUCAUCGGAGGACAUGAGGACAAGCCCCACUCCCGCCCCUACACGGUGUUUGUUCAGUUUCUGCUUGAGAACAAAAAGAAGAGGUGUGGCAGUGUCCUCGUGCUAGAGGACUUUGUUCUGACGGCUGCUCACUGCCGGGGAAGAGUAAUCAAUGUCACCCUUGGGGCCCACAACAUCCAGAAGCAGGGGAAGACCCAGCAGGUCAUCACUGAGAGACAAGCCAUCCGCCACCCAGACUAUAAUCCUAAGAACCUCUCCAAUGACAUCAUGUUACUGCGGGGAGACUCCAGAGGCCCCCUCAUGUGUAAUAAGCCAAUCCAGGGUAUUUUCUCCUAUGGACAAAACAACGGGAUGCCUCCAGGAGUCUCCAUGAAGGUCUCACACUUUCUGCCCUGGAUAAAGUCAACAAUGAAGCACUUCUAA